UACUAGGACCGGGUUUGCACGUGGGCAUGAUCCGGAAGAGCUUGGCGCACACGCUUUCAUAAUGAAGGAAUCUGCCGUUUGAAAUCUUGUUGCACAUGUUCGUUUUUUCAGUGUGAUAUUUGGUCUUAUCCCCUUUUAGUUCGUGAAUAGCAAUGCUGCGUUUACCUGCUGUGAUGAAACAGAUCCGGCCCGUGUGCCGAGCCCUGGCCCCCCACCUCACCCGCAGCUACGCCAAGGACGUCAAGUUCGGCGCCGACGCCCGAGCUCUCAUGCUCCAGGGGGUGGACCUGCUGGCUGAUGCUGUGGCGGUUACCAUGGGACCCAAGGGUCGCACGGUCAUCAUCGAGCAGAGCUGGGGCAGCCCCAAGGUGACCAAAGACGGCGUGACGGUGGCCAAGAGCAUCGAACUGAAGGACAGGUACAAGAACAUCGGGGCCAGGCUGGUGCAGGACGUGGCCAACAACACCAACGAGGAGGCGGGCGACGGCACCACCACCGCCACCGUGCUGGCGCGCGCCAUCGCCAAGGAGGGCUUCGACUCCAUCAGCAAGGGCGCCAACCCCGUGGAGAUCCGCCGCGGCGUGAUGAUGGCGGUGGAGACGGUCAUCGGCGAGCUGAAGAGGCUGUCCAAGCCCGUCACCACGCCGGAGGAGAUCGCACAGGUGGCCACCAUCUCCGCAAACGGAGACAGCGAGAUCGGCACCAUCAUCUCCGACGCCAUGAAGAAAGUGGGCCGGAAGGGGGUCAUCACUGUGAAGGAUGGCAAAACUCUGCACGAUGAGCUGGAGAUCAUCGAGGGGCUGAAGUUCGACCGGGGCUACAUCUCCCCCUAUUUCAUCAACACCGCCAAAGGUCAGAAGUGCGAGUUCCAGGACGCCUACCUGCUCCUGAGCGAGAAGAAGAUCUCCAGCGUGCAGAGCAUCGUCCCCGCGCUGGAGAUCGCCAACCAGCACCGCAAGCCGCUGGUCAUCGUGGCGGAGGACGUGGACGGGGAAGCCCUCAGCACCCUGGUCCUCAACAGACUGAAGGUGGGGCUCCAGGUUGUAGCAGUGAAGGCCCCAGGGUUUGGAGACAACAGAAAAAACCAGCUGCAGGACAUGGCCAUCGCCACCGGGGGCACUGUGUUUGGCGACGACGCAACGGGCCUGGCUCUGGAGGACAUCCAGGCGCACGAUUUCGGGAAGGUGGGCGAGGUGUCGGUAACCAAGGACGACACCAUGCUCCUGAAGGGGCGCGGCGACGCCGCCGCCAUCGAGAAGCGCGUGGCCGAGAUCGCCGAGCAGCUGGAGACCACCACCAGCGACUACGAGAAGGAGAAGCUCAACGAGCGGCUGGCCAAGCUGUCCGACGGGGUGGCCGUGCUUAAGGUCGGGGGCACGAGCGACGUGGAGGUGAACGAGAAGAAGGACCGGGUGACGGACGCCCUGAACGCCACGCGGGCCGCCGUGGAGGAGGGCAUCGUGCCCGGCGGCGGCUGCGCCCUCCUGCGCUGCAUCCCGGCCCUGGACACCAUCUCGCCCGCCAACUCCGACCAGAAGACCGGCAUCGACAUCAUCCGCCGCGCCCUGCGCAUCCCGGCCAUGACCAUCGCCAAGAACGCGGGGGUGGAGGGCUCGCUGGUGGUGGAGAAGAUCCUGCAGGGCGGGGUCGACUUGGGCUACGACGCCAUGCAGGGGGAGUACGUGGACAUGGUGGCCAAGGGCAUCAUCGACCCCACCAAGGUCGUGAGGACGGCGCUGAUGGACGCCGCCGGCGUCGCUUCCCUGCUGGCCACCGCGGAGGCUGUCGUCACGGAGAUCCCCAAGGACGAGAAGGAAGCGGCCAUGCCAGGAGGCAUGGGGGGGAUGGGAGGCAUGGGCGGCAUGGGCGGCGGCAUGUUCUAAAACCCCGCCCCUCCCGGAACCCUCCUCUGCCAGACUUCAUGCAGGGGGCGGGGUCAGGUGGGGCCGAAUGGAAUGGCCCCUCCCCCUUCCGACCUGCUGGACUACGAUACCAAGUUCGUUGAAGAAGUGGAAACGCAAACAACCCCACCUCCGCCUUGGCCCUGUACCCCCUUUUUCAAAAAAAACACCUGAAGACUGUGAACCAGGCUCACCUGUGCCCCACCCCCAGCUCCACCCCCACCCCCCCAUCAUCUCACACGAAUACGUGAACGUGGUACGCGGUUUGCUCGGACUGUGAUCGCAAAUUAAUCUUCAUAAGCGCUGUCUGUCCCUCAAGCAUCGAUGAAAAUGCACACAUGCUGAUUUUACCACUGGUUUCUUUAUUUUUAUGGAUGGAAUUUGAUGUUCUGGUGAGUUUUGAAAGUGUUGCCAUCGUUUAUCAGAACACUAAAAUGCAGCGUCUGUUCCCCUUUUUGGCUCCAUCAGACCCUUUUUCAGGAUUUUUGGGGUAGAGCUACCCGAGCACUGCUAGCCUGGAAGGCCAGAAGGAUCGACAGAUCAGUGGAGCGUUGUCAUUGCAGCCAAACUUCAUUCCAGGUCCCGGGCACUUCUGUCAGAAAAGAUAAUUAAUCUCUUGAUCAUUGUUCAUUUUUUUAUACGUGUAUAUUAUGGUUUUUUUUUUUGGUUUUUUUUGUAUUGCCCAUUGCUGUCCGAAGUACUUUUUUGUCCGGUAAUUACCGUUUCCGGCUGAGAAUCUAUUAAAAUAUCUUUAAUUGUUUGUCCUUUGGCAUGGUCAUGAUUGUGUCCGAAAACCUGGGAUUUGUCCUUGUCAACAUCAGAUGUUCCGUAUGAAAAGAUUAGUUUGGGUUACCGCUUCAUUUUGAAAUUCGCCUAGAUGGUAAGUGCCUCGUUUACUGCUGUUAAAUGGCAUUUUUUUCCUGUUUGUACAAAGGCACUAGGGAGGGCAGUUCACUGGAUUUGAUGGAUGUCUUCGUCUAGAAGUGCACAACUGCAUGGACUAACGUCUGUCAUUUUAGCUCUUUCGUGGCUCACCAAAUUAGCAAUGGUAACCGCACCGGGAGAAGAACGGUGGUUACCCUAGUAUGUUAACUGUCCUGCAGUGUAACUAAACUUGCCAUUUCAAAUUGAAUAAAUGUGGUGGUCUGCAAAUCAUUCUCUUGAAUGAUGGUCUGAGAAA